AUGAUUAUUUUUCAAUUAAGCCAUUUUAGUUGCCAUUUAUGUAGAAUCAUUUAUUUCUUCACAGAAAAAUAUUUGUCAAAAGAUGACCCGAAGUUGAAGUAUCGUUUGUUCGAUGUAGUUGGCCAGGGAGCAACAGCAACUGUGCACUACGCCGUGAACAACGUGACACGAAAGGAUGUGGCUGUCAAAGAGAUGCCACUGAACAAGUUGCAGAGGAAGGACCUCGUGUACGAUGAGAUCGAGAUGAUGCUCAAGAUCAAACAUGACAAUAUCGUCAAUUAUGUCGAAAGUUUUCUAAUUGAUAAUAAUUCAAAACUGUGGAUAGUGAUGGAGUUUUUGAAUGGAGGUACGUUAGGAAUGGUUGCCUACUACACAAGGAUGUACGAAUAUCAAAUAUCUCACGUCACCUGGAAGGUCCUUGAGGCUCUGUCAUACCUACACAGUCAGAACAUUAUUCACAGGCUGGUUGAUUACAUCAAAAGUGAUAAUGUACUGUUGGGUUUGAAUGGCAGUGUCAAACUGACAGACUUUGGUUUCUGUGCCAAACUUUUGAAUGCAAGCGACGCAAGGAACUCUUUCGUUGGCACCAUGUACUGGAUGGCACCAGAGGUUAUCAAAGAACAGAACUACAACGUCAAGAUUGACAUCUGGUCGUUGGGGAUAAUGGUCAUCGAGAUGAUAGACGGAGUGCCACCAUAUUUAGGCGAGUCCCAGAUUAGGACUAUCUAUCUCAUCUCCACAAGAAGCAAACCACCCGUCAAAGAUUCUGCCAGAUUUACAAAAGAGGCCAACCACUUUUUAGAUCAAUGCGUGCAAUACGAUCCAGCGAGAAGAGUCGCAGCCAAGAAACUGUUGGAGCAUGAUUUCAUUGUCAAGUACAAGGACGCUCCUUUUGAAAUCAGGGAGUCAAUCCUCUUUGCCAGGGCCAAACAUGAGCAGUCGACACGUUAA